ACACUCUGUCAACCUGAUUACUGACCCCAGUGGUCCUGUUCCAACCCUAACUGCUUGUGCCCACUAACCCACAUUGCUCAGUGAAUUGACAAUGCAGCGAAAUUUGAGUGUCUGUGUGAUCUGUAAAUCGCUGCACCCCCUGCUGUUUCAUUUUUGUUUUAUUGUUGUCUGUGAGGGAAAAUGUCUGACGCAGCUGACACAGGUGCAGGGAAGGUUGAGGUCGUGAUUAAGGCUGGAGGGGAACCCUCAGCCACAACACCACCUCCCCCUCCUCUGACCCCUGCGCAGCGGCUCAAGAGAGAGAUCCAGGAAAAGCUGCGAGAGCAACAGGUGCUGCUCGCAGAAGCAGAGAGGCAAGAAGCUGCAGAGCUGGAAGCUGCAACAGAUGCUUCCAGAAAAGAGCACCUGCUGCAGCAGGCUCAGAAGACUUUUGCGGAUGCUAGAGUGGCCCAGUGUACCAGGGACCUGGCUGAGCUGGUAUUGUUACAAGACAAGCUUACAGCCAGCCAUUUCACAAACUGGGACGAAAGGAUCCAGAGGCUGGAAACCAGAGUGUCUGAUCUGGGAACCCAGCAGUCUAAGAUCCUGGAUGCCAUCCAGAAUCUGACUGCUCAGUUAACAGCAGCCAACCUGAUCUCUCCUUUGGUCCCUGUGGGCCCCUCUCCUAAACCCCCAAAGCCUUCUCAACCUUCCUCUCCUCACUCUUCUCGUAAGUCUUCUCCCUCUGUCUCCUCCCAGGCCAAAGCCACACCUCCUCCCACCUUUGCUGCUAUAGUUGCUGGGGACCACAAAGGUCCCAAGAUUCCUGCCCCAAGCAAAUUCAAGAAAAAUAACCCCAAGAUUGAUGUGGGGGACUGGACCGCUGGAACCUGGGCCUAUCUGAAGGGGUUACAGUGUCCAGAGCAGCAAAAGGUGGCCACCGUUGUGGGGCUGCUGGAGGGGCCUGCCCAGAAAUGGGCUACCUCUACAGCAAGUGCCCAGAGCCAGACUUUGGAGGACUGGGAAUUGGCACUGGGGGCUGACAAACUUCUGCAGGCCCUGGAGGACAGGUUUGCAGACAAGGAACGUGCUCGUAAGGCUGCUGACAAGAUCGUACGCCUUGGACAACAGCGUUACAGCGGCAGUCUGCAGGCCCUUUUCGUUGAAUUUGAGCAGCUCACCUCCACCCCUGGAUUGGUUAUGUCUGCUGAUGAUCUGCUGACUAGCUUUUGCAGGGCUGCGCCUGAGAAGUUCUCAGUCGCUUUGUAUAGCGCCGGGCACAAAGAUUGGUGCUCAUUUGGACGUGCAGCACUGGACAUGGAGGCCAAGCUCCAUGUUCAGGCCCCCUCCAGUGACAGGAGGAAAGGCGCCUUCCCUCGCGGUGGUAGAAAGGGAAAGGCGGCCUUUGCUUAUGCGGGUUCUGGAUCAUCAUCUGAUGCAGGAUCCCGGCCUGGUACACCGCCAGGUGGGACUGCGGCAGCUGCUGUUCCAGAUGUUGCAGCAGUUGUCCAGCAGCUGCAGGCUGCACUGGGGGCCUUUCAAAAGGCCGGAUUUGCCUCCAGCACAGCCUCCAGCAGCAAGGGGAAGAGCCAGGGACGUCGCUCUUCAACCCCUGCCCGGCGCCCUAAUUUGCCACCGGACGUCCGCUUUCCUGCAGACCCCCUCAACCCCAACACCCUUCCCUGGCAUGAUUUGAAGAUACAGGAAGGGGUGUGGAGGAAGAGGAAGGAAAAGGGGGUCUGCUUGAGUAAGAAGAUCAAAACUCAGAAGCUUCAGGACUCUACCUACGAGAAAGAGCUCUAUGCUCUUGUCAGUGCCCUGAAACAUUGGAACCACUUUCUCCUGGGCAGGCAUUUCAAGAUCUUUUCUGAUCAUUCCACCCUGCAGUGGUUGAAGUCCCAGGGAGAGUUGAAUGAUAAACUGGCACGCUACAUUCAGUUCAUUGAUCUGUUUGACUUUGAACUGAAGCAUAAGAAGGGUUGCUACAACAAGGUAGCAAACACCCUCUCUCGUAGGCCUGACUCGUUUGCGUUGAUCUCCUCCACUCACUCCUUUGGAGAGGAGGUCCGUCAGACCAUCGCUCGUUUGCUGCCUCAGGAUCCGACUUAUGGACCCAUCGUCAAGAAUCUGCAAGCAGAUCCUAAUUCUGAACCUGGCUAUGCCCUAAGUUCAGAUAUGUUGUACACUUACAGCAGAGAAGAGGAGCGCUUGUGUAUCCCUGAGGACCAGCGGCUGAGGACACUGCUGAUGUCAGAGUGCCACGACGCGCGUGGACACUUUGGGUUCCUAAAGUCAUAUGCAGCCCUGUCGCAGCGCUUCUUCUGGAAGGAGAUGCGGAGUGAUAUGUUGCGCUAUGUGGACACCUGUGAGCUCUGCCAAAGGAACAUGGUUCAGCGUAAACCUCCUUUGGGAUUGCUCAAACCUUUGCCCAUACCUGAUGGUCCUGCCCAAUCUGUGUCUAUUGAUUUCACAGACUUAGGCAAGACUACCCCUCGUGGCAUGCGUCAGGUAAUGGUCUGCGUGGACAGGUUUUCCAAAUACGCAGAGUUCAUCCCCUUGCCAGAGGUAGCCAGGGUACCGGCUGUGAGAGCAGCCUUUUCAGAGAGGUGGGUCACACACCAUGGACCGCCCACCUCUAUUGUGAGUAAUCGAGACCCCAGAUUCUGCAGCGAUGAGUGGCAGUCCUACUGCAAGGACUAUUUGCACUCACGCCUGGACAUGACUUCUGGUCGUCAUCCUGAAGCCAAUGGAUUGGCUGAAGUGAUGAACCAGGUCCUGUUCCAGUUGCUACGUCCUAUGAUCUCUCCUGAUCAGCAGGACUGGGAUCUCCACUUGGGGAGGGCACAGCUCAUGUAUAACAUGUCCGUCCACUGCUCGACAGGGUUCAGUCCCUACCGGUUACAUUGGGGACGUGAGCCACGACAACCUCUCGAUGAUAUCAUCGACAAGGCUAAGCCUGACCUUACCCCAGGCACUGCUGAGUUCGCCAGACGCUAUCGUCUGGAUGUGGAAAGAGCCCCUGCGAACUUGUUCAAGGCCCAAAAGGCCAUGAUUGAACAAGCUAACCGCCAUAGGCGGCCUUCCCCUAUCCGCACUGGUGACUAUGUCUGGGUGGCCAGUUCUGAGUUGUCGAGGGAGGAGGAUAUCUCUCCCAAGCUGUUGCCACGCUACCUGGGUCCGUGGCACGUUCUAGAUACAGUGGGCACUGAUCCUUUCGGCCCAUCGUACGUCAUUGACGUGCCCCUGCAUCUACGCACCUAUCCGGUCUUCCAUGCAUCUAAGCUGCUGCCUUUUAUGCCACCUGAUGCAUUCCCUGACCGGCCCCCUCAAUGGGCCCCCCCAAUCCCUCGUAAGGGAUAUGACGUGGUGGCCAUUGAGGACGAGUGGGGCACUGGCCCCGACCGGCAGUAUCUUGUCAGGUUUGCAUUCCAGCCUCCUUCUGAGAACCGAUGGUUCUACAGAAAAGACCUGAUCAAGACAGCAAAGUCUGUAGUUCUGCGGUAUGAGGCGGCUCAGAAGGGUGACCUUCGCCGUUCGCCUCGUCUGCACCCCUAGCUCGGAGGUCCUCGCUCCCGGGGAGGGUAAGCCUGCAAUGACUUGCUGAUUUCUGCUGCCGAGUUUG